AUGGGGCCACAGGUGCCCUCAGCCCCUCCUGCCCUCUGGGUCCUCGGGUGCCUUGCCCUGUCCCUCUGGCUUUGGACACUGUGCACGGCCUGCCACAGGCCUGAUGAGACUCUUGCCCCCAGGAAGCGGGUGCGGAGGCAGCGGGCCAGGCCCCAGGGCGGUGUGAUGCCAGCGGAAGCGUCACUGCUGAGACGACACCACUUAUGCACCCUCAGCAAGUCGGACACCAGACUGCACGAGCUGCACCGGGGCCCUGGCGGCUGCAGAGCUCUGCGGCCUGCCAGCAUGGAUAUUCUGCGCCCACAAUGGCUGGAGGUGUCCAGAGGCACCAGCAGGCUUAUGGCAGCCUUCUCACACCGGGAACUGCACCAGGCAAUGCCUGUUGCCACCUCACCCUCCAUCUGCCCCGAGGCCACUUAUUCCAAUGUGGGGCUGGCUGCAAUCCCCAGGGCCAGCCUGGCAGUCAGCCCUGUGGUGGCUGAGUAUGCUUGUAUCCAGAAGCUCAAGGAAACAGAUCAGGGCCCCCAAAGCCUGAGGCAGGGGAAGGCAGAGCUGACCCCAGCUGUUCAGGUGGACAUCCUGUACUCCAGAGUCAGGAAACCUAAAAAGAGGGACCCAGGACCUGCCACAGACCAGCUGGACCCCAAGGGCAGGGGAGUAAUUGCGCCUCUGGGAAGUGACCAGUCCUCCGAGACCCUUCCACUCAGGGGCCUGGGGAAGGAUGAUGGCCUCCUGGAAAAUGUGUAUGAGACUCUGCGCGCAGGCACACCCGCGAGUAAGCCGGCCCUCCCCGGCGGCGGGGGCGCACGGGCACCCCGGGCUCCGCAGAGCCGAGGGACCGACAGGCACUCGCGGUGCCGCGAGCGGGGCCCUUUCCCCAGGCCGCGCUGCUGCGGCCGGCUCGGGGGCCGGGCCUCGGACCGCAAGCCAAUGGGAGCGCGGCUGGCCCCGGCCGCGGGCCCUGCCGUGGGCGGCGGCUUUGCGAGCUUGGAGUUCGUGCUGCCUCGGGAGCCGGAGCCGCGAGCCGCCAACCGAGGGGUCCCGGGGACGUGGGUGGGGGCGGCGGUGGGGCCCCCGAAGCCGUCGGCGCACAUCCCGGUGCCUGCGCAGAGGUGA